AUGACCCCUCGAGCUGAUAAAAAUAUUGAUCAAGGAGAUCAAAGAGCUGCCCCUGUAAUUAGUGGAUAUGCGGCAGACGCUAAGACAACUUUGCCACCCUUAGGAUCAACUAUGAAGCCAGAGCAGUCAGAACUGUACACUCAAGUGCAACAGCAACAGCCUUAUGACUAUAACGUACAGCCUUCGAUGUACUCAUCCUAUCAACAAUCAAAUUAUGACCCAUAUCAGAGACAAAACCUUUUGCAACCACAAAAUGCUUACACAGGGAUGACCCAGUAUACACAACCAUCAUAUCCAUCUACCAAUACCUCGACCGGUAUACGAUUCCUGUAUUCCAAUAGUGUUUCUGCAGUGCCCGCCACCACGUCAAAGACAGAUCUUCAAUCACACGUACCUCCAGAGAAAAAAAGCAGACGUUUUAGAAGACGGUAUAAUCAAAUUGUCAGAAAGUACCCCUGUUCGUUCCCUGGCUGCCUGAAAAGUUAUGGGUCGUUAAAUCAUUUGAACACUCACAUAGUUACAAAGAAGCAUGGCCCUCGUAAAUCAAAACUUGACUUUCAAAACGGAGGCCAACACAAGGAUGAUAAAGCGGAACCAAGUGCCUUGCAACAAGACCAUACACCACAACCACAUAUACUGCAACUGGGACAUUACCAGCUUCCGCAGCAAUCACAAAUUCCUGUGCCUCCACAACAAUAUGUAGCACAACCAAACGAUUACGCGGGCUAUUAUUAUGGCUACUCAGCACCACCAAAUUUACGUCCUAGUGUGUCAACUGACUCAACCCAGAUUCCUUCUUCCAACGCCGGUUUAUAUUAUCUGGGAUUACAAACUACGUCGACUUUAGCUCCACAACAAGCACUGCAAGUUCAGCCACAGCGUACUGGUGGAUCAGCCUCUACUCCGCAAUAUUACCAACCUACGCCACAACAGAAUUUGUAUGCGUCUCAAUUUCAACAACAACAACAACAACAACAACAACAGGCUCUAGGAGCUGGUAUAUAUUCGAAUCUUCAAUCGCUGCCUCAACAGCGAGCAAAUAACCGUUAA